AUGUGGAAUAACCAGCCUGGAAAUGUCUGGCAGCUCAACGCCUCGCCACUUGAACUGCUUAUUGCUCGCGCCACCGCUGCGCAUCUUCCAGAACCUAACUAUGCUUUGCAUCUGGAGGUCGCCGAAUACAUCAAUACCAAGAAGGCGAACAAUCCAAGAGAUGCUGCGAUGACCAUCGUACGGCUCGUCAACAACCGGAAUCCCCACGUAUCAAUGCUCGCUCUCGCCCUACUAGAAACGCUUGUCAACCACUGCGGCUACCCAUUCCAACUGCAAGUCUCUACGAAGGAGUUCCUGAACGAGCUUGUUCGUCGCUUUCCUGAGCGUCCGCCUCCCUUUCCCGGCCCCGUCAUGACGCGGGUCCUUGAGCUUAUCCAUAACUGGAAAGAGACGAUAUGCCAGGACUCGCGGUGGAAGGACGAUUUCGGAAAUAUCAGGGACAUGCACCGCCUAUUGCAGUUCAAAGGAUACCGCUUCCGCGACUUUGGCCGCAAUAAUAACUCGACACCACCGGCCGCUGCAAAUUUGAAGUCGGCCGAAGAGCUUGAGAACGAGGAUCGCGAAGCGCAAUCGGCGAAACUGCAAGAGCUGAUCCGGAGAGGAACACCGCGCGAUCUUGCUGCAGCGCAAGAGCUCAUGAAGUCACUCGCGGGUGCCAAUCCAGACGCGAAGCCGGACUACCGCACGCAGGUGCUGAACGAGCUGAACAAGCUCGAGCAAAAGGUCGUGCUGUUGAAUGAGAUGUUGGAUAACGUGGACACGGAGCGCGGGGAGAAGUUCGCACCUGGAGAUGUGUACGACCAAGUAUCCGCAAUCCUUAUCGCAUCUCGGCCGAAGAUCCAGAAGUGGAUAUCAGACGCGGAGUCGGAGGACUCUGAAUCGCUAGACACAUAUCUGCAGAUCAACGACCAAAUCAACACUGUCAUCGACCGAUAUGAGGCGUUCAAGAAGGGCGACUACGUCACCGCGAAGAACCCUAUACCGGCGGAGUACGCUGCCGGGUCGAGCUCGAGCGCCGGGUUGAAUCUCAUCGACUUUGACGAGUCCGAUGCGGCUGCGGCUCAAGCUGCGGGCGCGGGCGGAUCGACCACAGACGAUCUUAUGGCACUGUUCGGGCCUUCGUCCACAUCAUCAGCUCCCGCACCAGCGCCCGCUGCACAAUCCAUGCCACCGAACCUACUCGCAGGGUUCAACCAGCAGGCGCACCCUUCGUACAAUUACGGCGCUCAGCCUCCGGGCUAUGGAAUCCAACAACAACCACAGACGACGUACGCUCAGCCUCGGCCAGGUUUCCCUGGCGGCGUCCAGGCUGCUGCGUCUCCCGUGGGCACACCGGGCUCGCGACCACAAUCAGCCCAGUUCGGCAGCAUCAUGCUACCUGGUACUCCCAGCGGUGGCGCCAGCUCACGCGUCGCGUCUCCCCCAACGCAUGCACCAACCUGGGGUGGCAUGUCGCCACCUCAGCAAGCCUCUUCGCCAUUCGGCGGCGCGCAGCCGCAACAGUCGUUUGCACCGUUGCAACCGCAAUCCUCGCAAUCGCCUGCACCCGCGGCGGCAGCGGCGACGUCGCCGGCGCAGGGUGGCAAGAAGGAUCCGUUCGCGGAUCUUGUUGGGUUAUUCUGA